GGUGCAGCCCCGCGCAGCCCCCGCUGCCCUCGGAGCGGUGCCGGUCCCUGCCUGCGCGGCCGCCGGGGCAGCGCCACCCCCGCGGCCCAGCGCAGUGGGACGGUCCCGUUGCCAUGGCGGCGGCGUCGGGAGGGCGGGAGGAAGGAGGGAGCAUGGCCGCCCUGGCCCGGCUGCAGGAGAGGCUAUCGGAGCUGCGAGAGGAGUAUUUCCUUGCGAACAGAUCUAUAGAUGAAGACAGAAAAAUAAAAUACAGAGCUGCUGUCAAAAUCCAGAGCUGGUUUCGAGGAUGCAGGGUCCGAGCCUAUCUGAGACAUCUGAAUGCAAUGGUGAUUUUGAUACAGAAGUGGUGGAGAGGAUAUCGAUGCAGAAAACACUUCAGAAAAAUGCUGGAGACAGCAUAUUUUAUUAUGAAGAUGAAUUUCUACAAUGAAAUGGCUGUCAGGAUCCAGAAAAGAUGGCGAGGCUAUUACGUUCGGAAAUACAUCCAUAAUUAUUAUGCCCUGAAGAAAUACUUGCAAGCUGUUUCUGUGAAUAACGCAUUUGUCAGGAGUGAACUUCAAGAGUACGUAGAAAUGAAGGAAAAUGAAGAGAAAAUGAAAGACCUAGAAAAGAAAGAAAAGGAAAAGAAAUACCAAGCCCGAAAGAUGCAUUACCUCCUUAGCACUGAGCAGAUUGCAGGCAUCUACAAUUCGCCAUUCAGAAAAUCCCCAGACCCAAUGGAACUGCUGCUACGGAAUUCAAAGCCACUGAGCCACAGAAGGAAGCAAGUGAAGAGUCCCUUUGCCUAUGAGCUCUGUGACUGGCCAACUUGUAAGAAGCCCCCAGCUUUCGUCACAGCACUGCCUCUGCCACCUAUUGGCAGACAGAAACCUCAGGGGCCUUUCCGCGAUACCGCUGAAGUAUUGUGGCAGCGCUACAAGCCUUUGGAACCAACCUUGCGAGUGGCAGAAUCAAUCAAUUCACCACUGGAGAAGGCCAGAGAGGGAAUAAAAAGGGAGGAAUGGAGAAAUCCUAUACAUGACAAUGAAUUCCUGCCAUUUUCUUCAUAUCAUAAAAAUGAGAAUGAGAAGUAUGAGCCAUCACUUUGUAAGUCAGGCAAAUAUGUCCGAGAAGCUUAUGGAACCAAACAUUUCAGAGAAGUAUAUCCUGAUAAGUGGAUAGCAGACAAGGACUUUCGAACAGUGGUACCAUCUAUUUUUCUCUUCGAAAAGUUUGGAAAAACUUACUCCCGCGCUGGGCAAAUAGUGUAGUUGUCCUGGAAACUACACAAGGCACCUGAAAAGCAACCAAUAAAUGUAUUUCAGCAAA